GCCCUUCUCAUUAAGUAUAUUAAUGACCACCUUGAGAAAAUGGACCCCCCUUCAGAAUUGAAUAGAGAGGAGUUAAUGGAAACCAGUAUGUUUCCUACUCUUGCCAAGCCAGCAGACUAUGUUAUGCCAUGGAGAGGUACUAGUGAUUGGAACAGUGGUAUCCUUCCAGCGAAAGAAAUGUACGACGACAGGUAUAAGUUUGUCGCAGGGUCCUCACAGCCAAUCCUUGAUGAAAGUGGGAGUGGCUGCAGUAAGUUAAGCAAGAAAACGCGGCAUCUUUUUGGUUUCAGCUCCCGUAAACCAUCGGCCCAUGAGGUUCUUAACCAGUUGGAGCAUGCAGUUCAAGCAAUAGUCGAGUCGCCCCAUGCGAUCGAAACUUUGGAACAAGUCUUCCAUUGCAUAUAUGAUUAUUUACAAGAACUUUUUUUGGAACUAGAUGGCGAGCGAAUUAUACAUGCAUUGCAAGGAAAGAAAUGGAUACUGGUUCAAGGAAAUUGUCUAUUGACCUCUCGACUGGCCUUCGCGUGGAAGCGAUUUGGUGAGCCUUACCUGAAUGAAGUGCCGCAGAAUCUUGCGUUGAAGUAUCGUAGGUUAUUUCAAGCGACAGGAAUCAAAGAGCAUUUCUCCACCAAAGACGUCAUUUCUGCACUUUACGAGCUCGAUGAGGAGAAGCAAGGAGAACGCCUUUCUGCGAAAGAGUUUAAAGUUGCAAAAUCUUUGAUCGAGGAGAUAUCGGAAGCCUCGGAGAAAUCCUUUGAAACGGAAAGAGGGAAGAUUCCUCUGCCAGACCAUAAUCUGUUUUUACAACCAGCUGAGAAAUUAGCCAUUAAUGAUGCACCAUGGGUGGCUGCUAGAAGUGGUAUCGACUAUGUUCACAAAGAUCUAUCGAUUGACCUUGCAUACAGGCUUGGAGCAAUUGACAUUCGAACGAAAAAACUAUCCAGAAUAUCUCGUCCAAUCGGACGUGAGUUUGGACAGCGAGAGGAGCUUACUGACCGUUUAAAGGGCAUUUUGAAAGCAUAUCCAUGCGAUGUUGGAGUCCUAAAGGAGCUUGUUCAGAACGCUGAUGAUGCAGGGGCCACUGAGAUACACUUCAUUGUUGACCCUCGUAACCAUCCUACGGACCAGCUGUUAAGUGACAACUGGAGGGAACUGCAAGGUCCUGCCCUUUGUGUUUACAACAACCGACCAUUUUCCGAAGAGGAUUUAGAGGGGAUACAAAGGCUUGGAAUUGGAAGCAAAACAGACGAUCCUACAAAGACAGGUCAGUACGGAAUUGGAUUCAAUGCCGUCUACCACCUAACAGACUGCCCAAGCUUUAUCACAAAUGGAGACAUGCUUUGCAUUCUCGACCCCCUUUGCCGCUACGCUCCUCAAUCGACUAAAGAGAAUCCAGGACGUAUAAUUGGACCAAUUGGUGAGGAGGAACGAUCGGACUUCCGUGAUGUAUUUCCUUGCUAUCUGGAAAACCUGUUUGAUCUGACAUCUGCAACUAUGUUCCGCCUUCCUCUAAGAACACAAAGCACGUCGUCAAUAUCUCAAAGGCGGGUUUCCCACACGGAAAUGAUGAAAUUUAUGAACCUGUUGGCCUAUGAAGCUAAAGAAAUAAUUUUGUUUUUGAACCACGUGAAGACCAUAACUCUUUCUGAAAUCAAAGGGGACCAGCUAGAGGAAAUUUACUCGGUUACGGCGCAGCUGACACCACACGAUGAAGAACAACGCGCGAGGCUUGCAAAUCAUAUAAAGGUAUCCAAGACUCUGGAGACGAAUCAAAUUGAAUGGCUUGGAAUUACAUAUCCUCUCCUUGUUCAGGAACGUGGAUUACGACAGGAAAAAUGGCUUAUUCACCAGUGUAUUGGUCUCCAGAAAAGUACAAGUGAAGAAGUUCCCAACGGUGGAAGCUUUGGUCUCCUACCUCGCGGAGGAAUAGCAGCAAAGGUGUCGGAGAAGUCAGAGAAUUCAAAGUUCUAUUUCAGCGAGAGAAGUGAACCAAGGCACAAGGCCUUUUGCUUUUUGCCAUUGCCAGUUAAUACAGGGCUCCCGGUUCAUGUGAAUGGUCAUUUCUAUUUAGAUUCUGCACGCCGAAAUUUGUGGCGUGAUGAAAAAAAAGAAGGGUUCGGAAGCCAAUGGAACCACUUCAUCAAAACCAAGAUUUUGUCCCAGGCGUACAUCUCACUGAUGCUAGUGGCGCGAGGCCAUUUACCAGGGUUGAAAGAAGAAGAUGCUACUUGCUUCCCCAGGGAAUACAAUCUUCACGAAGGGAUGCGAUGGUAUCAUAAUCUCUUUCCAAAUUUCAAAUCUCUAGAAAGCCAAUGGAAAGUUCUGGCAGAGGCAGUAUUCAAAAUGCUUUGCCUUGAGGAUGCUCAUUUACUUCCCUUGACCAAAAAAACGUCUGAAAAAACUAUGGAGGCCUCUCAAGUUCCUCAAGCUGGUGUAGUCGUCCAAGAUGUAAUUCGCUGCUUUUGGCUUCCUCCUUCACAAGGCUUCUUUAACAAUUUGACGCUAGGUAGUGAAACCGAAAGAGAUCUAUGGAAGAUCCUUUUGAGAGUCGGUUUCAAGCUUCUUUAUUCUUCGGUGACAGUCUUUAAUAGCUUUAAAGAGGCAGGCACAAGUGUGAGAGAGAUCACACCUGAAUUCGUCAUUCAGUUUCUAAAGGAGAACCCGAGUAGCAUCGGUAUGUUACCAUGUCCCGUUGAAGAGACAACGCUUCGCUCUGUGAGGGGAGUUCUUCUUCUCCUCAGCUACUGCAUGAAAGCCAAAAAAUUUCCAACAGAAAUGUUUGGUUUGCCUCUACUGCUGACCGAAGACAACGUCUUGAGAAGAUUUAAGACAGAUGGCCAAGUGUUUUUAAGCUUGUUUGCCGAUUUGGUACCAACUCAGCGUUUUCAAUUCAUCCAACAUACGUUGGCCACAGCUUUACUUCGGUUCGAGAAAGAGAUUUUCGCCUCCGAUCAAGGUGUUCUCAGGGAAUUUGACAUCAGUGCAUUAGCAUUGCUUCUACCGAGUGCUGCAAAUGCUGGUUGGUGUGAAACGAACACUCUAAUAACAUGGAAGGUGAAUGAACAACCGUCUGAAAGCUGGAUGCAAAGGUUCUGGGAGUUCUUACACAAAACCUACCUGAGGAAUCCGGAAGCCUUUUCUCUAGACCCCUUACAAAAUUGGCCCAUCUUACCAACCAAGUCAGGGAAGUUAGCACCAGUUUCCAAAGGGAAGGUAAUUCUUGACCUCACCCGUUCAGAUUCAUGGUCACCUGGCCAGGAGCGUGUUACUACUUUGUUAAGGAAAUUGAAAUGUCCAGAAGUUAAUGUCAAUCUCAUCAGCGAUAAUGGAAGGUGGGAUGUAUCGGACAUACUGAAGUCUCGUGUCUCCUACCCCAACUCAUCACAAGAUGUACUGAAAGUACUGGAUCACCUGAUGAAUGAAGGCGACAUUUCUAAUUUUCUGUACGAGAACGAAAAGGUCUACAUGUUGCAGUUCUUUCAAGAUGAUUUAACAACUUUAAAGCAAAACCCAACCUCUACUUUUAUCUUGAAAAGCUUGCCGUUUUUCAAGACUUUCCAUGGAGAAUUUGUCAGCCUUGGAAAUUUUAAAUCAGUUUACGAAAUCCCAGUGGGUUUACCAACUGAUGAGUCGGAUAUCUGGAUGACAGGAAAUAACUGUGUAUUUUUAGCGCCCGAACCCAGGUUGACCCGCCUGUACAAGGAUCUUCUAGGUGUCGGUGAUAAAACACAUACAGAUUGUUAUAUCAACUUCAUUUUCCCAAAGUUUCCCCUUCUCCGACCUAAAACUCGAAUGCUUCACCUGGAAUACGUUAGACGAUGUUUACUGGCUCUGUACGAUAACGAAGAGCAACAAGCAAGAGUUCUCAAAUCUCUCAGCACCUUGGCAUUUAUUCCAGACGCCAAUGGCACGUUACAAACUGCGUCUUAUUUUCAUGAUCCAGACGUAAAAGUCUUCGCGGUAAUGUUGCCUCGUGAAGCAAAGCCACCAGAGCCGUUUAACAGUAUAACCUGGUUGGAGCUCCUUCGCAAAAUCGGCUUAAAGCAGAAAGUCAGCAAAGCGGAAUUCCAAACCUUUGCCAAUCAAUUGGCUACACAAGCAAUACAGAUGAGCAAUUCAAAUUAUCCUUCAUUGGAAAAGAAGUCAAAGACACUUGUUAAGCACCUCUUAAGGGACGACACUCUGCACGAUGCAAAGUUCCUUGAGGACCUCUCCACAAUAAAAUUUGUAGCCUGUCCAAAGGCGAGUGACGACUUAAGUCUCCUUCGACGGCAGCAUCUGGUACCUAAUCGAGAUCAAAUUCCUCCAUUUAACCAUUUCAAGCACUCAAUUCCAUGCAUGCAUGAGGCACUAGCAUGGACGACUGCAUCCCUUCUCUUUGAGUGGGCUAUUCCAAACCCCCAGAAACCACUGCUUAAAAACCUUCAAGUUUUCAUGAAGCCCUCACUGGAACAAGUCAUCGGUCAUGUUAGAAACCUUUCACAGACUCUUUCAAAGCGUGCCGAUCGAGAGCAACCAGAACCCAAACGGCGACGUCUAAGCCAAAUCAUGACAGGAGUUUAUAAAUUUCUUACAGAUACUAGUGCUUGUAGCGGUACCGAUUCUAAUGGAUUUUGUUCAGCCAAUUGUGAUACAAUUUGCAAACAGCUUUCCGAUAUUCCCUGCGUUCUUGUAGAAGGUGGACGUGUCUUCGUCCGCGGCAACCAGCUUGCGUUUCAUCUUGAAGAGGAACAGCCGCCGUACCUGUACAAAGUUCCUCGAGAAUAUGGAAUCUUUGAGCACUUGCUCAAGCGACUUGGAGCUAUGGAGAAAGCAACACCUGUGCAGUUUGCUCAAGUUUUAACUAAUCUCAGAGAAUCUUGUGGAGACGAGCAAAUGCACCCCAAUGAAUUAAAAGUUGCGAAACAGGCUGUGUUUGGCCUAUUUACUACUUUGCACGCCAUACUCGACGGAAAAGAAGAUAGCAGUGGAAUUAGCCCAUUAGCUGAAGUCCAAACCCUGUAUCUUCCAAACAGAAAAGAACAGCUCAGGCGAUCGACAGACUUGGUCCUAUUUGAUUGUCCUCAGUUCAAACGUCGUCUGUCAGAUUCUAUUUUCGAGUUUCUUGAUGACCUAACAAAAUACCAAUUAAAGAUGGAAAGCCCUAAUAAGCUCGUUGACCUUUUGCCAGACCACUUGAAAACAAAGUCCUUGGGAUCCUUGGUGAGGGAAGAACUUCAGGCCGAAUGCAGAGAAAAGAAAUGCCAAGCUGACGUGGAAGAGAAAUGUGAGGCUACGGAUCGUUUACGUCACAUAUUGUACUCGCCAGAUCUCGUAAAUGGAAUUCUACGAAUACUGAAAUCCCAGUACGACAAAGCCAAAUUGACAAAAGAGGUCUGCGACAAAGUUCACAGUUUUCAAAAAGCACUAACCAUCAGUUGCAUGGAAACCUUAUGCACGGAGUUAAUCGUUAAUGAAUCCAACACAGUAAUUCCUGAAAGUCAGAGACGAACGUACUCUGGUUGCUUCGUGGGGCAGGACAAUGGUAAAAAGCACAUCUUCAUCCAACAUGGUGCUGAGUCAAGUAAUACAAGGAGAGAGAUAUGUUCUGAAAUAUACAGCCUGACUGGCUGUUUCAUCAGGGAACAGAACUUAUUACUCUUGGCUGCUAUCCUUGAAUGUCCGUCUCCGGCGAAUAUUUCCAUGACACUGGAUAAUGCUGGAGUGUCGGAUGAUGCAGAAGCUGCCGAAACACCAGGUAUGGAACCGAUUCUUGGUUCCGAGGUCCCCGUAGAGUUACACGAGCUUCUAGAGCAGUACAGCGACUUCUAUUUUCGCCCAGGAGAGUUUGUUGCAUAUGAGAUAGAAGAUUCGACCGAGGAGGAACCGAAAUAUAUUCAUGCAAAAAUCGUCCGCCAGAUUAAAAAGUCUAAUUCAGCUAAAGUAAAAAAGGACAGAACAAAAAGAAAACAGAAAGGAGAGAGUAACUUGCUUAGCAGGUAUCUAAUAGACAUCGGCCAAGAAACGAAAGAGGUCGACGUACUGGAUUUGUACAAGUUUAGACGACCGCAGAAGAGCGGGGAAGAGGAAGAAGACGAGGACGAGUCUAUUUCAGAGUCAAUGGAGGUUGUGCCUUAUGCAGGAGAGAGUGACCAAAGUACUGGACAAGCAGGGGCGGAGUCAUCGAGGCCCGCUCAAGAAGCAAGUGAGCCACCCAAGCCUAAGACAUUGGAGAACGCUCUGAGAGAGGUAAAAAAAGCUCUUGCCGAAAUUUGGAAGUUUCCAGAAGAUAAAAGAAAGAAAGCAAUAAGGCGACUAUACCUUCGAUGGCAUCCGGACAAGAACAUGGACAUGCAAGACAUUGCAAAUGAGGUUAUGAAGUUUAUACAAAACGAGGUUGAAAGGCUAUCAAAAGGAAAGUCGUCAAGCCGCGAUGAGGGGUAUCCAAGACCACCGCCACCAGAUUUUUCUGACUUCUUCAAGCAGUGGAAUGAAAGAGCUCGACGACAGCACUCAAGCUACGCCAACUUCCGCCGCCACAACCCACGAUUUACAGGUUUUCGAUCACACCCGAGAAGGACCUACACAGCACCUAAUCCACGCCUAGCAAAGAUGUGGAUUCGUCAAAGCAAAGUAGACCUGCGCUCUGUAAAACAUCUUCUGUCUUCCCGAGAUCCACUUUACUACCUUGUCUGCUUCCAAUGUCAUCAAAUCGCGGAGAAAUCUCUCAAAGCAGCUCUUUACGCUCUAUCAGGAGUCGAUGACAGGCAGCUGAAAUCUAAUGACUUGGUUCUAUUGGCAAAUGAUCUUUCACGGCUUCCUGGCGCUCCAGAUGUGACACCGCAAGUAGCCAAGCUGUCCAACUAUUACGAGGGCACUCGAUAUCCUAACAAGCACAUCCCAGCUAAAGUGCCUGCUGAGGUGUUCCAAGAUUCUCAGCAAGCACAAGAAGCGUUCAGACUGGCCACAGAAGUUUUGGAAGUACUAGAACAGUUUGUUGGACCAUAAUAGCUGUUGAUGACUCUCAUUCAGUCUCUGUGACUGUAUAACAUUCCAAAUACUGUUAAAAAUGUAACUGCUUUACCUUAGGCAUCGGGAUCUUAAAAAUAAUUGGAAACAUUUAAACUAGCUAAAUGGAAGGACACUACUAGCGCAUCUUUAUCUCAGCAUGACGCUAAAUUUUGGCCAAAGUGAACUAAUGUUGCUUAUUAUGAUUCAAAUAUUCAACUGAAGAGAAAUUGGCGAUUUGUAUAUAAAAUUAGUUUUUAGCAUCCUAGUUGUUUUGCAUUUUAAAUUUUUAACCAGUAAUAUUUUACUGUAGUGACAAGGCUCUCUUCAUAAAGGGAUUCAUAAGGUAACGAACAUUAAGUUUAUAUCACUUUUUUAGUGUUUUUUUUUACAAUUCUCGUUGGUUAGUCGUGGUGCAUGGUGUUGCUUACAAAAAAAAAUCUUGCACUGCCAAUUUGAGUCUGUGUCUCCGUAAAACGAACAGAAACAAAACUACCUCAUGAGAAGACCGAGACCUUUCCAAGAGUUCUUAAUAUUUUGUAGUUUGCCGAAGUGAUAGGAACACAUUCGUAUGUUUUUGCAAUAGCAGAUAACCAUAAGGAAUCGUUGCAUACAUUUUUUCUCGUCAAGGGAAAAUGUUUUCGAGUCUAUAUUUACUAGAAUUCGUUUUAAAUAUUAACGUUGAAUUAUCA